GAGUGAAGUCGACGGUCCACAGGAGUCGAGCUGUCGCUGUCAGCUGAUCGUGUUGUCUUCUCCGUCACGUCAUUAAACCAACUAUAUCAAGAUGUCUUACGCUUAUUUAUUUAAGUACAUCAUUAUCGGAGACACGGGUGUUGGGAAAUCAUGCCUCCUGCUCCAGUUCACAGACAAGCGCUUCCAGCCCGUCCACGACCUCACCAUUGGAGUGGAGUUUGGUGCGCGCAUGAUCACUAUCGACAACAAACAAAUCAAACUGCAGAUCUGGGACACAGCUGGCCAGGAGGCAUUCAGGUCCAUCACUAGGUCAUAUUACCGAGGAGCUGCUGGUGCGCUUCUCGUUUACGACAUCACACGCCGGGAGACUUUUAACCACCUGACACAGUGGCUGGAGGAUGCUCGGCAGCACUCUAAUUCCAAUAUGGUUAUCAUGCUCAUCGGAAACAAGAGUGACCUGGAGUCACGACGAGAAGUGAAGCGCGAGGAGGGAGAGGCGUUUGCCCGUGAGCACGGCCUUGUCUUCAUGGAAACAUCAGCUAAGACAGCCGCCAAUGUGGAGGAAGCCUUUAUCAACACAGCAAGGGAAAUCUAUGAAAAGAUCCAGGAGGGCGUGUUUGAUGUUCAUAAUGAGGCCAACGGUAUCAAAAUCGGACCCCAGCAUUCCCCAAGUGGAGCAGGGUUGGCGGGCAACCAGGGCGCCGCAGGAGGCCAGGGAGGAGGAUGUUGCUAAUCCGUGAGGAGCUUGGAUGACAGUGGGCAGGGGCAAGGACCUGAUGUAGAGAAGACUUUUUAAAAAGAAAUAAAAAGGGAGAUGUGGGAAUGCCCCCCCUUCCCUCCCCUGGCCCCCUUUGCCUUGGGCAGGGAGGGGGGAGGUCCCAGGUUCUUUCUUUUCUGACAGCUACUUCAACCCACCAGGAAAGCACGAGCCGGAGUGCUUGGCAGAGAAGGGGCAUUAUGGAAGCAGAAUCAAGCUGAGAUCACUGGUCAGCAUCUUCCUUUCUAUGUCCACCUCUAAGCAGCAGCCAUCAAAACACUCAGCAACUCUGCACUUGAGCCCAGCCCUCUCGCUUGCUGCCUUGCCAAAAGGAGGAACUUGGAGAGAUUGUACAUUUUGUGCAGUGUACAUUUCAUGUAUAUUUUGAUUGUGAGAAGAUUCUGUGGAUGUUGCCUUUUCAGCAUACCAAGUCAUUUGUUUAUUAGCAUCUGUAAUUGGAUUUGACUUUUUUAUUUAGCACUUUUUGGGCAUGGGCAAUAGAUAUAUGUGGAGGUAAAGGAACAGUGAGUGAGUUAGGCAACAGCAAGCACAAACUUGUGCAAGUAAAACAUAAGUCAGACCUGCAAGCAUUUGGCAUCAUCAGGUCAAGACAGAAGUAGACUAAUUAUAAUCUUUAUUUAAUUUUUUUUCCUUCCUAAUUACCAAGAAGAUGCCCAGCUUUGUCCAGGCAUCUAGCAGCACUUAAUAAUGUAUCUGCAUUUUGAUCCACCGACACUUCAGUCGGUACCUGGGACGAUGGGAAAGAAAAAAAAAACAAGAAUAAUAAUUGAUAUUUUUUAUACUUGCA